AAGUAUAAAAGAAAAACAAAAAAAAAAGCAAAAAUUAAUAAAAUUAGCAAAAAAUGUCGCUUUACGACGAUGUAGACACAAAACAAGUGUCAGAAUGGAGUUCAGGCUUUAGUAAGCUCAUGCCGCAACUAGCAUUAAACAAAAUACAACAGCCAAAAAAGCCUAACCUUUUAACGCCGGUAAUAAACUUGAAGCCCAAAAUUGUGGAUGAAUCUAAGCCAAAAGAGAUUAUUAAGCCUAGAAUAAUACAGAGUCAGCCACUUACACCGAUUAUCCCACAAAGUUCACAGUCAAGUGAAUUUGAUGAGUUUUUAGCUAUUCAGGAUGAAUAUAAUCCAUCGAUACCCAAUGAGUAUGAGAAGAUUGUAAAGGAACGUCGUGAGAAUAAUAAGAAGGAAGACAGGAAACGACAUCGUUCAAAGUCACCAAGAAAAUCAGGUUUUGGAAAGAGACGAUCCUCAGAAGACGAAGAAUUUAGACCAGCUAUGAAUCAAUCAUCAAGGACAGGCACAGCAAUUGCUCCACCAAAAUCACUACAAGAAGGCUCAACAAUUAUCGAUAUUCCGAAUAUAUCAGCACAAUAUGGAGCAUCAAAAGUAGCAGCAAAAAUAAUGGCAAAAUAUGGAUUUAAGGAUGGUCAAGGCUUAGGAAAACAAGAACAAGGAAUAAGUACAGCACUAAUAGUCGAGAAAACAUCUAAACGUGGUGGUAGGAUCAUCAAUGAAAAAGAAAUAAAAGAAGUCUUACCAGUCAUAGCACAAACAGCACAGCCAUCAACACAACAGCCACAAUUCGGUGCCAGUGAUCAAAGUAUCACAGACAUGCUUAAAAGUCCAAGUAAAGUCAUUUUAUUGCGUAAUAUGGUUGGGCCUGGAGAGGUCGACGAUGAACUCGAGCCGGAAGUAAAGGAUGAAUGUACGACAAAGUACGGAGAAGUUAUAACAGUUCACAUUAUGGAAAUGCCUAAUCAAAUUCCUGAAGAAACUGUGAGAAUAUUUGUGGAAUUCAGUCGACUUGAAUGUGCUAUUAAGGCACUAUUGGAUCUUAAUGGAAGGUUUUUUGGAGGUCGACAGGUGCGAUGCCGCUUCUACUCAUGUGAAAAGUACGAAAAUUUCAUUUUUGACGAAUAA